AUGGCCGAAGCCCUCGUCAUCCCCUCCGAGAGCGCGCAACCGCUCGACAACUUGCAUGUCGACACCCUGCCGCUCCCGACCUGCGGGCCACGACAGGUCCUGGUGCGAUUCAUGAUAAUCCCCAUCAAUCCCUUGGACUUUGCCGUGAUCGCUGGCCAGUACCCAGUAAAGUUGCAGAGCGUCUAUACCAGUGAGAAUGGGAUCCAACACGCCAUCCCAGGAUCGGAUGGCGCGGCCCGGAUCCUGCAGACGGGGGCGGAGGUCGACCAUCUCGCGGUCGAUGAUCUCGUCAUCCUGCGCACGCAUUGUCGGGGCACGUGGAGGACUCAUGGCGUCUUUGACGAGGCCGAUCUGAUACGCGUGCCGUCCAACGCCGACCCUUGCGUGGCCUCCCUGCUCCGCAUGGGCGUGGCGCCGGCCUUCUUCCAGCUACGCGACUACCACACGCUGGAGCCGGGAGAUUGGAUUAUCCAGAACGCGGCCACCGGCACGAUCAGUCACUUCGUCUGCCAGCUGGCACGGCUCCUGGGGGUGCAGGUCAUCAGCGUCAUUCGCGAUCGCGCCAACGCCGAAGAGCUGGGGCAAAUGAAGCGGUUGCUCCGCUCCCACGGGGCCUCGCUAGUACUCACUCAAGAGGAGCUCGCCACCCCGCGGGUCCUCGAGGGGAAGCGGAUUGUUCUCGCCAUUGACUCGGUGGCCGACGAUGCGUUAGUGCGGACGAUGGCAGCGGCCAUGACCGCUGGAGGCACCGUGCUGACCGCAGGGUUCCUGGGAGGGGCCGCCCCUCCUCGACCAGAGGUCAAUCUCCGGCACUUCCUGUGGCAGAAGAACAUCAGCCUGCGGCCUUUUCGUCUCAGCGACUGCCUCAACAAGCGCAGUCCAUCGCAGCAGACGGCGCUAUUCGAGUGGUUCGCGGAUCUGGUAGGCCGGGGGACACUGAAGGCGCCCGCACUGAAAUUUCUGCAUUGGCAGGCUGGAUCCGAAGCGCAGGAGCUUGUGGCUGCCGUGCAGGUGAAGCAAUGCAAUUCCAAAGCUCUCGUUCAAGCUGACGUGACGAACAAGCCUCGCCAAGUGCCGUAG